AUGGAGCAGGAUGAAGGCCUUGACAUGGCCCAAAUGAUGGGGUUCGCCGCCUUCGGCUCCCAGGACCGCCCGCAGAAGAAGCGCAAGUACAACCCAAACGCCGACUCCUUCGUCGAGCGUCAACCUCCCCAGGCCACCACGAGCUCCAACUCAAUCCCCCUGGGCCCGCCGCCCGUGACCAAGCCAUCCACCAACGCGGAUGAGAUUGAUCUCGAGGAUGACGAGGACAGCUCACCGGCUGUGAAAGAGACUGUGCCUGGCGGAGGAAGCAUUCCCAAACCAGGCAUGAACAGCUUACCCCGGCGCCCAGCCGUAGGUGUGGGCGAGGAUGGUGGUCCUUCCAACGGGGCUCGCUCGGGUCACGGAUCGCGGACACAUCACAACCGCGGCGCAGGUCAUGACAGCCACGGAGGCAAGCCGUGGUACGAUGGAUACUACGACAGCAUCUCCAAUGAAAACCCAUGGGAGAAGCUGGAAAAGGCCAUGGAUUUGCAACCCAUCGGCGGCGUUUGGAAAUGA